GAGAAAGAUGAAAAAAUGAUCACUUCAAUAGCAGAUCAAUUACAUACUUAUUUAUAUUGUUAAAAUUAUAUAGCGAUGAAUGAAUGAAUUGAAUUAAUAGAUUGAUGUCUAUCCUUAUGGCAUCACCAGCACCAAAAUCGCCAGAGCAAUCUGAAAGAAAUAGAAAAUAUGAUAGACAAUUGAGGUAUGUAGAUAUAAUGUCUAACCUAUCACGGAAUGAUAAAUUUAAUUGAAGUUAAUUAAAUAAGUUGGAAUUUUAAAUUGUUUUAUAUCAGAGUUAAGUUUAUACGAAAUAAGUUAUGGGGUGAUCAUGGUCAAGCUGCAUUAGAAGGAGCACAUAUUUGUGUAAUAAAUGCUACAGGCCUUGGUACAGAAAUUUUGAAAUCUGUAGUCUUACCAGGUAUUGGAGCAUUUACAAUUGUAGAUGGCAAGAAAAUUACUAAUGAAGAUAUCGGUGCAAAGUAUUUUUUUUCUAGAAGCAGAUAGUGUAGGAAAAUCGAGGGCACAAGUAGCAACGCAAAUGCUUUUAGAGCUGAAUUCAGAUGUUAGAGGUGAUUAUAUAGACGAGGAACCUGAACAAAUUUUAUGUAAUAGUCCAGAUUUUUUUAACAAUUUUACUGUUGUCGUAGCCACUUCCUUAUCAGAGAAAUCUUUAAUUCUUCUGUCGCAAAGACUUUGGGAAUUAAAUAUACCUUUAAUAGUAUGUAGAAGUAUAGGAUUUAUCGCAUAUAUGAGAAUUCAAGUAAAAGAACAUACAGUUAUAGAAACACAUCCAGAUAAUGAAAUUCCAGAUUUACGUUUAGACAAGCCAUUUGAGAUAUUAAAAAAACAUUUUGAUUCCAUAAACUUAGAUGAACUGAGUUUUAAAAAUCAUUCUCAUAUACCAUACUUAGUUAUAUUAUAUAAAUUUCUAGAAAAAUGGACUUUACAUAAAAAGGAUUUACCUAAAACUUAUAAAGAAAAACAUCAAUUAAAAGAAAUGAUAAAAGAGGCAAUGAGAAGAGAUGAGAAUGACACUGCGAAUAGCGAAGAAAAUUUUGAAGAAGCUAUUAAAGCUGUUAACACAUGUGUAGGACAUACUGAGAUUCCAGAUAAUGUGAUGAAUAUUCUUAAUGAUGAUCAAUGUAUUAAUCUAACAGCUAAGAGCAGUUCAUUCUGGAUUAUAGCAAAAGCGGUAAGGGAUUUUGUUGAAAAUGAAGGAGCUGGAUUAUUACCAUUAAAAGGUACUUUGCCAGAUAUGACUGCAGAUACAGAGAAAUAUAUAACACUUCAGCAAAUUUAUUACAAACAAGCGAUAGCUGAUGCAGAAUCAGUAUGGCGACGUACAUUACAAUUAUUACGACAAUUGGGAAAAUCAUCUGAUUCUAUUUCCGAAAGAGAUGUUAAAUUGUUUUGCAGGCAUGCUUCGAAUAUACACGUAGAAAAAGGAACGUGUAUCGCGGAUGAAUAUGAUUCUAAAACUUUUGAUACAAGCGAUAUAGUGCAAAGUUUAGAAAAUCCAGAAAGUAUGAUGAUUUAUUACGUUGUUCUUAGGGGGGUUGAAAAAUUUCAAGCAGAAUAUAACUCGUAUCCUGGAGAAUUUGAUGAUCAAGUAGAACCUGACAUUGUUAAGCUUAAAGCAUGCAUAACAAAAUUAUUAAACGAAUGGGGAUGUGGACCAUUGGUAAAAGAUGAUUAUGUCCAUGAAUUUUGUCGAUUUGGUGGAGCAGAAUUGCAUUCGGUAUCAGCAUUUUUAGGUGGUCUUGCAGCUCAGGAAGUUAUAAAAUUUGUCACAAAUCAAUAUAAACCAGUUCAUAAUACCUUUAUAUAUGAUGCGGUAACAUCGAAUUCUGGAAUAUUUUUCUUUUAAUAUAAUAAAUGAUAAAUUAAAAUUACAUUGCUGUAUAGAAUAAAAUAUAUAUACAAUUUUAUAGUUUACACAUCAACUUUUUCUUUAAUAUGUUCUUCACAAAUGUUCAUUUUAUCAUGCAAUUAGAAAAUUAGAAAAUUUAUUUAAAAUAUAUUAAAACUCAAGUUGAACGAGUAUAAUAUCAACACUUUAAUAUAUUAAUUAUUUGAUACACAAAUUAUUUCAAUCUUAUUUAUAAUAAUAAACUACUAUAUCGUUAACCAUUAUUUAUAACAAAUUUAAUACUUUUAAUUAAUAGUAAAUAUGCCUAAAACAUAAAAGCAAAUUAAUUAAUAUAUCAUGUUUUGUAACCAA